CGCACUCGCUUUAAAUCUUGUUUUUUGUUGCUCACUGUUCAUCCAAUUAAGUUCAUUCUACGUGAAAGUCAACUGUGACCAUUGAUCGUUAAAUUGAUACCAUGAUAAUUAACAAAUAAAAAAUUAUUAGUUUAAAAUUUCCACCUUCAUUAGCCGUUUGGGAAAGUGCCAAGUGCAAACAAAUAAUCCCCAAGUCAAUUUGACAUUAACAAAGAAAAAUAAUUUGGAUGAUAAAUGUGACAUUUUAACAAAAUGAGUGACUAAACGUCUAAUUUAGCCAUUUUCCGGCACAGUAAAUUCGGGAGCGACCGGAUAAGGCUGGCACCGCCACCACCAAAGCUUACAGUUACAGCGACAGCUGAUGUGAAGCUUGCAGCCAGCCAGGCAGCCACGCCAUCCCCUAGACGAAGAACAACAAGAAAGAAUCAGAAUCUCUCAAAUUUCACAACCCAAUUUCUCAAUUCCCCUUUCCGGCUUUCCCCCUUCUCUGUCUUCUUCCACGCCUUUCCCCGUCCGUGAUUCGGCGAUUCCCCCCGGAAAUUCCGAUUACAGCAAAGCCAGAACUCCCCCCGGCCAGCUGGGACUGCAAAGCAGCAGCAUAUGAAGAUGACGACGACGACUAGCCGAAACCUCUAACGCCUAAACGAAGCAGCGCCAUGAGUUCCAGCUCCCCGGAUUCUUCACUUUCCGCUCCUCUCCACUGGAACUUCUCGCAGGUCUUCGGCGAGAAAGCUCCCGGCGAAGACGUCCAGAACAGUGACCUAAUAUCUGCUAUCGAAUUCGACAAGAGCGGCCGUCACCUCGCCGUUGGAGAUCGCGGCGGCCGUGUGAUAAUCUUCGAGAGCAAGGAGGCGGAGGAGACGAAUGAGCAACGUUCUCGAAUCGAAUUGGAGGCGGUAGAUUUUAGUUCCAAGGCACAUCGCCGGCCUAUUUAUCAGUACAAGGCUGAAUUUCAGAGUCAUGAACCGGAGUUUGACUACUUGAAAAGCUUGGAGAUUGAAGAGAAGAUCAAUAGAGUAAGGUGGUGUAUGACGCAUGGUGGAUCGAUGUUUCUGCUUUCUGCAAAUGAUAAGACGGUUAAACUUUGGAAGCUCAAGGAACAUAAGGUGAAGCAAGUAAAAGAAACGGACCAUAGUUCAGCUGUGCAUUCAGAGAAUGGUCUUUUGGCUGAAGCGAGUUACAUAAGCUUGCAAGGAAAACCAACUGUUCCUAACGGCCAUGAUAUGGAAUGGACAACAAAUGCAGUUAAGAACAUUUCCCCAGUUCAAGAAGCGCAAGCCAAGAUUUCUUCGCUCGAAGAUUCUGUCCGUGCAAGUUGCCGAAAGGUUUAUGCUCAUGCACAUGAUUUCAAUAUCAAUUCAGUUUCAAACAAUAGUGAUGGUGAGACCUUUAUUUCUGCAGAUGACCUUAGAAUAAACUUAUGGAACCUUGAUGUCAAAGAUCAGUGUUUCAAUAUCAUUGACAUAAAGCCGUCAAACAUGGAAGAUCUUACUGAGGUUAUAACAUCAGCAGAGUUCCAUCCAAGUCAUUGUAAUCUGCUGGCAUACAGUAGCUCGAGAGGUUUUAUUCAUCUAAUUGACAUGCGGCAAUCAGCAUUAUGUGAUAAAAGCGCAACAAUAUUACAGGAAACUGAGCAUCAACCAGGGUCUAAGUCAUUCUUUACAGAGAUUAUAGCCUCUAUUUCAGAUAUCAAGUUUGUAAAUGAUGGACAGUGCAUCUUAAGUCGUGAUUUUAUGAACUUAAAGCUAUGGGACAUUCGAAAGGACUCUAUGCCAGUGAAGGUAUUCAAGGUUCAUGAGCACCUACGCCCUAAGUUGUGUGAGUUGUACAAUAAUGAUUCAAUAUUUGAUAAAUUUGAAUGCUGCGUCAAUGGAAGUGGUUCACAUUUUGCAACUGGAUCUUACAGCAACCUUUUACAUGUAUUCUCGAACGGUGAUUCGACUGAAGAGCACAUGACAGUAGAGGCUGGCAAAAACCCAAGCAGGAAGCCAGCCGUCCAUUCUGCAUCAAGGCCUCGAAGGUCAUCCUUGAGCAACCUAACGCGUGGAUUUUACCGGCAAGGGAAUUCCAAUUCGGGUGCAAGCAGUCAUGAAUUUGCAUGUGAUCUGAGCUCCAAGUUGCUUCAUCUGGCAUGGAACCCUACCAGUAACUUGAUUGCCUGUUCCGCUGGAAGUAGCUUGUUCAUGUAUUAUGCUUAACCAGGUUACCACCACAUUACUGCUGAUUGAUUAAAUAAAGGAAAUUCCACUGAAAAGUAUAAGCAAAAGAGAAAGGAAUUUUCAGUUUGUCCGUAAGAACGAAUGGUUUUGAGAUGAAUUGAUACAAAGGUAUCAUUUGGUUCACAUAGUAGUUAUUCUAUUUUUCCCUAGAUUUGUAGUUCAAAGGUACUAAAAUGGUAGCAGUAAGCAGACUGACAUCAUAGUUGAUCAGCAAAACUUCAGCGAGCGCUACAAUGUUCUUCCUUAUUUUAUUUGUAUGGAAUGGUUGAGAUUUCGUUCCUGAAAUGAGAUAUAGAUAUGAGCGACACCUUUAGCCAAUUAGGCAGAGGAGAAAACCUUUGAGUCACUAAAAGCUAGUAGGGAUGUAAGUUAGGUUUUGGGUUUGCAGUUUUAAUUGAAAUCGAAGCGAUUACAUGCCCUUAAUGUUUUCACUAGCACCGGGCCCGCCUCGUUGGGCGGGUAAGCUACUCACAAUCGUAUUAUUUGAUAAAAAUUGAAAUAUAAAUCCAAUUGAUAAUAGUUCAUUGUUUUGAUAACUUUGGUAAUAAAAUCGUGUUUGUACCAAAGUUUAGCCAAAAAAAUGUGUUAUUAAUACCUAAGAAAAUUUUAUCUAAAAAUUGUUGAAAGGAAGUGUUUAUGGGAGAAGCUGAAAUUAAACUAUCCAUGCGGAUAGAGCAACUUAAUGUUUAUUAUGAAGAUGAAUUAAAAGAAUUGAUUUGUAAUUUUACAAAUAAUAAUAAUAAUAUUAAAUGAGAUGAACGUAAAAAAAUGUGUUGAAAAAAUGUUAUAUGAGAUGAACGUAAAAAAAAGUAAUUGGAAAUAAAUAAUUGACCAUCAAUUCAACAGUCUGAUUGAUUUCCAGCCAACAAAAGAAUGAGCGAAUACUGGGCCACCAAAUUGAAUGGCAGGGAAGUGGAACCAAAGCCAAAACUUGUAUCCGUCCUUCACCAACAAUCGAUCGACUUCCUUCUGGUUUCUAAUACUAUCUCAGAUUCUCAAUAGUUCCACUUCAUUUUCCCCGGGUUCUCCAGGGAUUACUUCUAAACCUAUCUCUUCAUCCUCACCAAUCUGAGAAUCCCUAGCACCAUGCCCGGCCUGUUGGCUGGGGAGUUUGAUUAUUAUGUAUGUUGUAUGUGUUGUAACAACUUAUAAUGUGUAAAUAGUGAAGAUUAUUAUGCAUUUUUUAUGUGUUGUUACUACUUAUAAUGCGUGUAAAUAGCAAAGAUAUAGAACUGAUAGCGAUAUACAUGUUUACAAAUAAAGCGUUUAUAAUUGAUCUGUGAUAUAGUCCAACAUAUCAAUGAAAAUGUUUUCCAAUAUGUAUCAUAUUUGUUGAUCACGACAUAGAUUAUAGAUAUGAAAUUGCAUGAUUUGAAAGGGCACGUUGCGGAUUGAUAGCCAAAAACGAAUUACCUAAAAUGACAGGUAAAUUGCCCAAAUUACCCUUCCGUGAAACCCUCACAUGCCCGGAAAUUCAAAUUCAUGGAAAUCCAACCCAUGUUUUGCCUUUAUAUAUUAUGUAGAAAUACAAAUAACUUAAGAUAAAAUAUAAAUAUAGAAGCAUCAUCACCAAACAUAUUUUUAGAGUUUAAUCAAAGAAACAACAAUAAAUAAAAUGUAGCCUAGUUGUUUCGUCAUUUAAGUGACCAAGGUUCGAACUCCAAUGAUAACAUUUUUUAUAUAUAAAUAUGAAUUGGGUGCAAUGACAAAAAUGAUCUUUCUAAAAUCAAUCUUAGGCCACGAAAUUUGAAAUGGGAGAAAACCUUUGAGUCACUAAAAGCUAGUAGGGGUGUUGGUUAGGUUUUGGGUUUGCAGUUUUAAUUGAAAUCGAAUCGAUUACAUGCCCUUAAUGUUUUCAUGAGCGGUUAGAAAUUCAUAAUGCGAUAAACGGUUUCGGUUUCA